GAAAACAGCAGCGACUUCCUCAGGCUUUGGGCACUCACAUACCACUCAGCAAUGAAGCUCACGAAUCCAAACGACGUGCCCGUCUACACGAUCUCUGGCGCGUCUACUGCGCGGCCGCUUCCAGACUGGCUUGCGCGAAAACGGAAGCGCAGCUUAAAGAACGAUCCCGAGUACGCAAAUCGAGUCGAACUGCUCCAGGAUUUCGAAUUCGAAGAAGCCAGCUCCUGCAUCAGGGUCAGCGAAGAUGGAGAAUGGGUGAUGAGUACAGGCACAUACAAGCCGCAAAUUCAUACACAUUACCUUCCUCAUCUCUCUCUAUCCUUCGCUAGACAUACUACAACCUUGAAUCAUUCUUUUGUUCUUCUAUCCUCCGACUACUCCAAGUCUCUCCAUCUACAAACGGACAGAAGACUCGAAUUUCACACACCUGGAGGUUGCCACUACCAAACUCGACUCCCAAGGUAUGGCAGAGAUCUGCAGUACGAUCGGCACUCCGCUGAAGCUUUGAUUCCCGCAGUUGGGGUGAAUACUGAUGGAAGUGGAGAGGUGUACCGGCUGAAUCUCGAGAUUGGGAGGUAUAUGAAGCCGUACCAGGUGGACGUUGGAGGUGAUGACCUGGCCACGGCUGGGGGAGGAGCAUUACAGGGCGGGAUCAACACGGGGAGCGUGAACGUGGCCGCAAUCGCGGAGGACAGUCAUAGCCUCUUAGCCUUUGGAACAUCAAUAGGGACGGUAGAGUUCUGGGACCCUAGAGCUAAGGCGAGAGUUGGCAUUCUGGGAGCUCAAGAAGGAGAAAUCACAGCACUCGACUUCGAUAGAUCAGGAUUGUCACUUGUGACGGGCUCUUCUGAAGGUCUCGUCCAGAUUUUUGACCUGCGCCGACCGGUACCCAUUCUGAGGAAGGACCAAGGCUAUGGCUAUCCAAUCAAAACAUUGAUGCAUAUGACAACCUCCUCUCAAGAAAAGAAAAUUCUUUCUGCGGAUAAACGAAUUAUCAAGCUUUGGGAUGAGGUGGAUGGGAAAGCGUGGAUUUCGGUUGAGCCAGCUGUCGAUAUCAACUCGGUGGCCUGGUGCAAGCAGAGCGGCAUGAUUCUUACAGCAAACGAAGGGAAGCAGCAGCAUGCUUUCUUCAUUCCACAGUUGGGGCCAGCGCCCAAGUGGUGCUCCUUCCUAGAUAAUAUGGUAGAGGAGAUGGCAGAAGAAGCCCCGACAGAGACCUACGACAAUUACAAGUUUUUGACUCUACCAGAGCUGAAAGCUCUAAAUCUCAGCCACCUUGUUGGGACAACGAAUUUGCUGCGUCCUUACAUGCAUGGAUACUUUGUUGCAUCGAGGCUUUACGAGGAAGCCCGACUCAUUGCCAAUCCGUACAUCUGGGACGACGAGAGAACGAAAAGGGUCAAGGAGAAAGUUGAGAAAGAACGUGCAAGCAGAAUCCGAGGAAGUAAGAAAGUUAAGGUCAAUCAGAACCUCGUCGACAAAAUGCUCAAGAGACAAGAACGAAGGCAGACGGUGGACGAAGAUAUGGGGGUGCUUGGUGACAGUCGCUUUGGCAAAUUGUUUGAGGAUGAAGAGUUUGCAGUUGAUGAAAGGAGCAGAGAGUUUCAGGCUCUCAAUCCAAGUACAAAAGUGGGCGAGAAUGCUGAGAAUAGCCGUGCUGGUGCCGCGAGUGAUAGCAGUGAGAGCGAUGGUGAAGAUGAUGAAGACGAGAUUGUGGCACAGUCCAAGGUCAAAGCCAAACCGGAGAUGCGCAUCUCGUCAUCUUCGUACAAGAAAUCGGGACACCAACGACAAGAUAAGCCUCUCGGAUCUCGAACACAAGCAGGUGGUCGCGUCAACAAGACCAGAGGUGAUGUUGUGGGAGAAAGACAGGUCACUUUUGCACCAAGCACGGGCCGGAAGGAAAGAGACAAGAUUGAGCCUGCACGAAAGGGUAGACGAGACGAGGGGAGGAGGAGCGCAAGUGGAAAUGUUUUUAGGAGGCUAUAAAUUCAAUUCUCAGGCCAGCUCUCGAAUCCCCGAUAACCAAAAUACCAGGACGCCAAUACCGCCAUGCUACAAUGCACAAGAAUACGCGAGACAUUAACUCAUAAAACGGCGGUUUCCUCAAAACGAUCAUCGCCCAAUCUUCUUCGCCCACUUCGGUUGCUUUGGUGGCUCAGCCAUCACAAACGACGUCAUUUUGGGGUGUCCCUUCUCAACAUCUGGAGUCCCCUCCUUUGGCGAACCGGGAAUAUCAUCCAGUUUGGUGCUAAGCCUCCUGCUCGAUCGUCUUUUCGAAUGGAUAUCCUUCGGAAAUGUCGACCUCCGAGGGGUCAGCGCAGUAACGACUUUUCGUGCCGACUUUCGAAUGCUUGCGCGAAUCUCCCAUGAUCGUUUCUUCGCAAGAUACCAUAACACAGAAGAAACGGCU